CACUCAUUCAGGUACUUAAGACCCCGGACACCCGGACCGUGGCUUUCAAAGCCCACCGAGUGGCAAGGGCUGUUUAUAAAAACAGGGAUUCCUCCGCAAAGGCGCUGAUAACCUGAGGCCAGCGCAUGGCGAGCGCCUCCCACUUCCAUCCUUAGGAGCGGCGUCCCCAGGCGUCCCUGGGUUCCUAGCCUGCCCUGCCCCCCACCUUCUUCCCCUCCUGGGCCAUGGCCUCCUCUGGACGCCUCGGCUUCACCGUGCGAAGCCUCCUGAAUUUACCCGAACAGGAUGCGCAGCCCAGGGUGAGGUGCGAGCAACAGACGUGCGUUCCUCAGACGGCCGCCUGGCUGGAGUCGGAGCGCAGCCACUACCCGUCCUCUGAUGAAAGCGGCCUGGAGACUAGCCCUGCAGACUCGUCGCAGCUGGCUUCCCUCGGGCGGGCGUCCCCUGGCUCCGACGCAGAGAAGAGGAGGAAGCGGCGGGUGCUGUUCUCCAAGGCCCAGACUUUGGAGUUGGAGCGGCGCUUUCGGCAGCAGCGGUACCUGUCGGCGCCCGAGCGGGAACAGCUGGCUCGACUUCUGCGCCUCACGCCCACGCAGGUCAAGAUCUGGUUCCAGAACCACCGCUACAAGCUGAAGCGUGGGCGAGCGCCAGGGGUCACAGAAUCUUCGGAUGUGACAGCAUCAGCUGAUCUGCACGCCGCUCCCGGCCUGCUGCGCCGCGUAGUGGUACCCGUGCUGGUUCACGACCGAUCACCGUGCAAUGGCAGGGGUGAGGGGACCGCUGCGGUGCCCCAGGACAAGUGCAGCUCACGCCUGGCCACUGCGUGCCCAGUGCAAGGUUACACUGCCUUCGGACCGGGCUCAGCAUUAGGCCUCUUCCCUGCCUACCAGCACUUAGCACCACCAGCUCUGGUCUCCUGGAACUGGUGAGGCUGCUGCGAGGUGCCUAGAGCCGCCCUAGGCUUGGGACAUUGCUGUUUGGCCUGCCGCAGUAGCGCUACAGCCGCACCAAACUCAGGAAGUGACCCUUGCAGGAUCCACUCUUGAGUCCUGGGUCCCUGGGUUGCUCUAACCAGCAA